CUCAUGCCUGGUGCCAAGGGUAACAAGAAUCAAGUUGACGACAAAGAAGUGAGAAGUUCCAUCCUGAAUCGUUACGGGUUCGUGGAUCACGACGAUGACGCAAGAGAACAUCGACCAGUAGCUCCUAAGUGGGAAGGCAAGAAGAUGAUCCGUUACCGCGACAACAAGGUUGUGAGUCUCAAGGGAGAGAGGUACACUGAAAUUAAGAAGGAAGAAGCAACUGACAUGAAGAAGACAUAUGUACACCUUAAACCGGGCAAGCAAUAUAGAUUCCACUGAUCCACAGGGUACAAACCUUACUAUGUUGCCGCUGCCCGUCGUCGUCACCUCACUAGGGACAUUAUGGUUGCUGGAAUGGGCCAGGGCGGUAAGGUUUGUUUUUGUCAACAACAUCUGAUUUAUUUUUACUCUCUCGUGGCCCUGCGCUCCGAAGCGUGCGGCGAGUCAGAGUGCUUGAGUGAUGUCUUGAUGUGUUUCCUUGGUCUCUUUGAACUUUUCAUGUGUAAUCUCCUCGGAAUUCUCAUAGCCGUUCAGUGUUGUUUAUUAGUGUUAAACAGUGACUGUUUUGAUGUAAGUAAAGGUAGAUAUGUUUUAUUGAUAUUACUUAGGUACCAAAGAA